AUGGAAAAAACCUUUCGGGUGUUUUUCAUACUCUCGUCUGGAGCUCAAGUCUGCUUGGGCAGUCUGUGGCUGCCAUCGACUCAAUCACUGGAAGCUACUCAAGCGGGGGUUCGGACUGCUGAUAGACUACACGAAGGAUCAAACGUACGAUCAAUGGACUUGAACUUGAAUCUCCCUGAGGAGCGUGCUUCAAAUACAUCGCCUGUGGAGUCGGAACAAGAUGCAGAACCACGAGAAAUCGAUUUCCUUGGUUCUUGGGGAAAGACUAGUUCUAAUGAAAGUGGGUCCAACAUGAAGAGGCCCUUCCCCCCGUUUUGGGAACAACUUCCGCACAAUAGCGAAGAGAACGCCUCCCAUUUGCAUCGGGGCAAAAAAUUCAAACCAACUCAGAGCUUGAGAGCUGUGAAUUUCUUCCCGCACCAUCAUCUGGAGUUUUCAGAUUUUCCAGAUCAAAGGUCGCCCGAAACUGGUGAUCUGAGCGAUGGAAGGCUACCUUUCUCAGCUAUUGCUGAUGAAUCUGUGACGCACAAAGACCUUCACCCAUCUCCUCAUUUAGAAAGACCAAUACCAUCUCUUCCAUCAGACGGCACUGGCAAAGGUUACGAUACGAGUCAAGAAGAUAUCCUAGAGAAUUCCAAUCAAGGCACGCUCGUUGAUCUGACAGAGAAUUCGGAUCAAGGUGCCAAUGUUGAAAUUUCAAGGGCCAACCUUGAAAGUCAUGCAGUCGAUCACGUUCAUCAGGGCAAGACCUAUGAGGCAACCGGAACCGGAGAAACCAGACGACAGGCGCAGUUGAAAGAAGAUCAGAUAAAUCUCAAAAACAUCAGCCCUGUUCUCUUGGCCUGGUUGUACAACAUCAAAAUUGGCCUCACCGAUUCACUCCACAAGGAGAUAACGGAUGAUACCGCAAGGGUUAUCUCAAACUUCGCUAAAUCUCUUGCUUUCAACUUGAAUGCAUUGAUCCAUCGAAAUCAAAAUCCAAGAGAAGAUCUUUCGAUGGAAGAAUGGUCGAGUCAUGAAUCGAGCCAUAAUUUUAAAGAAUUCGUCCACCUUCUCUGGUCUAUAAACUCGAAGUUCAUCAGGACCUUCCAACCAAUGCAAGAGGAUUAUAUUGACGAGCAGAUUGGAGUUCAGAGUUGGCUUCUUGAUCUUUUGAAGGAAGUAGGGAAAGCAGACAGUGCCUCCAUGCAAAUUGAAGAGACCGAGGGCCUUACAAACCUUCUGAAGAAAGCCCUCACUUCAAGUUAUUCACCACCAAUUUAUAGUAUAUAUUAUAACCACAACAUUUCCUUACCAAGUGGUACAGUUUGCCCGAGUCAAAUAUUGAUGACAGAAGCUGUGUUGAAUGUCCUGGCAUCUUACUAUAAAUCAACAAAUUUCAGAAAGUGGGAAGCCCUGUUCAGCGAGGACGAAGAUUUUGUGAAAGCACUAAAUAAAAUGAUGAGUUGGAAUGCGGGUCGUGUUUAUGUCAUAAGAGCAACAAGUAUCAUAGAAAGCGAAGAUCAGCGUGCAAUUUUUCCAUGGAAAAAUCGUCUUCGCGCGAACUCGAAGUUUACCGCAAGAAAUAAAAGAAUGCCAUUCUUUGGCGGAGGAGGUGAUUCUCCCAUCGACGGCAAGAUUGUUGCCAUAGAAAGACCAGCAGACAACCGCAAUAUUAUGAUGACUGACUUCAAACCCAAAGACAAAUGGUUGUUGGAAGAACAUCCCGAUAAGCCCUGGGCACUUAUUUCGUCAAUCGAAACUUACUACAACAAGUUUGUGACGGGAAGCCACGACCCUCCCUAUUAUGGCCACAUCUUCAGAAAAUUACGGUCUGUUGGACAAGAAAGCGGAGAACGUACCAGCAAUUUGCGGAGUAUACACGAUGCAAUAUCCCAACAUGAGUUUUAUUCUAAUGCAAAAAGGCUGCUCCAAUUGAUUUGGAAGAUCAAUUCAAGAUUUGUUGAGAGUCUUGGCUACAGUGCCAAUGGUCAUAUUUUUCAUCAAGAGCAGCAUGAUCUGGAGAUUGAAUUUUUUCAAUUGAUGACAUUAUCAAAACCCCCUCAAUCCCCAAACCUCUACUCGCAAUCGCCCACCAUUGAAAACUCGGCAUUUGUGCAGCAGAAGCUGAUUGAAGCCUUACGUUCUGAAGACGUCCAACUUAUCUACAAGAUCAAGAAGAGCAAGCAUUGUGUAUCAAGGAAGCAAAUUCUGAUGACCAAGGCAGCGGUGGAAGUGAUUUCGAUAUAUUACUGGAAGAAAAAUCCAUCCAAAUGGCUACAGGUCUUUCAAGAUGAAGAGCGAUUUGUUUUAAGCUUGGCACAAAUUGCUUCAAGAAUUCUUAGGAAACAGUCAUUUGAUCACUACAUGGAUCAUAAACAUACACCAAUCAGACAAUUGGAACUUCUCCCUUGGAAGGACUUAUUAAUUCAAUCUCACAAACAAAAUUGCAAUCUCAAACUACUUAUUGGAAGCUAUUGCUCAUCCCAAAAUAUGUUUGAAAAAGUCUUGCCAAUUUCUUGA